AUGUUCUCGUCCGCGACAACAAAUACACCUGCGGCCUCCAUUCGGACCAGCAGAAGAAGACAGCGACCUCUCUCGAACGAGGGCUCCAUAUCUCAACCUCCGACUAAGAGACAGAGGAGUACUCUUAAUAAGGAGACAUUUGUACCGCCUGAUGGUCGCCCACUUGAAAUGACGGAGACGAAGACCUCCAAGCCAGUAGCAGCACUUGUGAAGCAAGAGAGUAGGGAGAUCUCCGGUCCGCAAAAGCAAAUCGCCGUGAGAGGGAAGAAACCUAGGACGGGUGACCGUAGUAACAAAGGGGAUGGGAGUACAGUUCUGACGGCGAACGAUACCUACACUGUCAGCAGGAUUAUUUCUGGGCCCGAGAAACUUCUUCUUGCAAAUACAGCGAGUCGGGAGCAUGGAUCAAUUCACUCUGACAGCGGUUAUGCACUCAUUCUCUCCCAUACUCAUGCCACCGUUUGGCCUUACUCUAAACCUCCGACCGAAUUUCCUCCCUAUGUCUUCGAUAUACCGCAUCCUUCAAAACACGCUUCCGACCCCCUCCCUCUUGGCUGUCUGGUGUCGCCCUCUACAUCCUCCUCAGAACCUGGACUCGUCGUGGUCAUUCCCACAAGCGGCAAGAUUACAUACUGGGAAUCAGUCGAUAGCGCAGCUACGAUAGGUCUCAGGUUGCGACAAAAUAAUAUCGAGUUGUCUAUCCCAGGAAUGCAUUCGGGAGAAACAGUCAUCCAGAUUCUCAAUGCGGAGACCGCUGGCUUUGUUUUAGCUUUCAGCACUGGUAGAAUUGCAUAUAUGAACGUUAGAGACGGCCAAGGUCGACCUACAAUCUCUGUGCAAUUUCUUCGUGGAAGCUCUGGAUCCACUGGUGGGGGCAUUUUCGGUAGCUUGAGGAAUGUUUUAUCAACCUCUGCAUAUCGCGGGGACAUUGCAGCUGUAAGAGCAGAUCUACCCCGGAAAGUGGGCGAACGACAAGUGGUGGUGGCAACUGCAAAAGGCAAGAUUCAAUCCUGGGACAUACAACGAGGUGGACAUAGUUCUCUCAAUGCGGAAGCCGAUGGGCGGGAGACGAUCGUUCAGACAAUAAAGCAGGCGUAUCCUACAUUCAGCGACCUCCUCAUCGAAACUUUUGAGCUUCUCGACUUCGCAUUUACGACGCUGCCGACACAACCGUCAUAUUCUCAAGCAAGUGAUGGUAUUCCGCUAUUACUCUUAACGUCCCUUACUGAUCGAGAUGUCUCCCAUUAUUUCCUUGUUAGUGUAGCACUGCUGCAAAGUGGACUCACAAUCAAUAAGAUCCGUCCCAUCAAAUCCUAUACGAUUCCUGUAAACCAAGAUGCGAUCUCUAAGACACGACUUUACCUACCAAAUCCUGCUCAUUUCGCCUAUAUCGUCUUCGACCGAGCCGUAGCUGUCAUCUCAAUGGAAGCACAAUUGGAAGAAGCACAAUACGGCUCCCCUCAUUCACAACUUAUGACAGAAAGCCAUAUGUCACCCCAAACGUUUGAGGACGUUGUGUUUUUCCGGGACGACGCGGGUAUUGAAGUCGUCGGAUCUGGAAUGGAAGAACCUCAGGAGCUAUCUCCACAUGCAAUGGGAAUCUUCAAACCACAGGGCCACAAACCUAGAUUUCCUGCGGCAGUACUGCUCGUUCGAGGUAAAGGUGGAGGCAUAGUGCGAGUAGCAGCACCCGAUUACUCUAACCGCACUUCUGCCUACACUCAGCAAGUGACUGCCAAGAGCAAACUUGAACAGGCCGUUUACUUUGGAAGUGUAAAGGAAAACCCAAUCAGUUUUUCUGUACGGCCGGAGCUACCGUUCCUUGCUAGCGAACUCAGUGAAGCGGCAUUGAUUUUAAGCAAGGACAUAUUAUGUUCUCGGAAUCCACAUAUCCUUUCUGUGCAACCAAACUUUGCAGACAGCCUCAAACAACGGUCAGUGGCUCUGCAUGACCUCGCGCAGUAUUUGAAAUCCAGUGGUGUUGAGUUAGAUCGAGCUACACGAUGGAAACUACUUUGUGAUGCCGAGAAAAUGGCAGCAGCUACGACUGUUUGGAAUCUACAUGAUGCUCGUGUCUCUGCGAAGCCGAAAGGCGAAAAGCGUAGUUUGAUCACAGAUAUCGUGGAGAGCAUUCACGAGGACUACAAGACUGAGCCUGUGACGGAAGAGGGCGAGCUAGAUCGUGUCCGAAAGUGGUUCACUUGCGAUGUCUCGACAUUUCAGAUUGCGGUUCCUUGGGCGUGGCAAGUAAUCAAGCAUACAUAUCAGGAUGGCCACAAGGACCAUGCCUUUGUCGUGGAAAUGCUUAGCGACGCAAAUGACGUUGUCAUGGGAGUAUUACAGACUGCUUUCGCGUUUCGAACAGCUAAUGCCAAGCUGUAUGGUCUUCAGGACGAGCCUCUGGAACAUGGAGUGCUCGUCGCUGAUUACGAAGGACUUCCUGAAUUUUGGACCUCUACAAAUCUCAUUGAGGAUGCUGUCAGGAGGCAAUUACAGCUUGCGCAGGAGCUCGUGAAGGAGUAUUGGAAUAAGCCCCAGAAGCAAGGUCAACCCAUCGUUGCCGUGGUCAACAAGUUGAGAAAUGAAUACCCAACCCUCGUCGACAUGGGAAUCCGGUCAAGCAAUGAGCGAGUUCGUUAUUGUCUAUCUCGCGCCCAAGAUUCUCCGCAAUUCCAGAUCGAGGCGGAACAGCUCCGCCUAACACAGGAAGAAGCCCAGGAUAGGCAAAUCACUUCUCUGCAGGAUGACAUGGCAUGGUCCGAUGAGGCUCUGGCGUUGGCGGAAAAGUUUGAGAUCCUCAAAACCCUUGCACGGGUAACUUUUGUCGAAUUAAAUAAAACGAAGCCAAAUGCCAAGGAGGUCAGAAAAAAGAUUGCACACUAUUUCGACAAGUUUGGAAAAAGAUGGGCUGCAGCUUUCUACGAAUUACAGAUAGACAUCGGUUCCAUGGAUAGCCUUCUCGAUCAUUUUAAAGAACAACAGGAAUACUUGACUUCGUUCUUACGCGCAAAACCCGAGUAUGCGAAAGUGGCGUGGAUACACGAAAUCGAUCGUGAGAACGAUUUUGACCAAGCCGCAAAAGCACUUCUCGACGUCGGCCUAACGCGAGAGCAGAACGUUUGGAGCAAGAAGAUCGAGUUGAGUAUCGGGAAGCUGGCUCGAUUAGCUGGUAGAAGUUACAGUCAGGAGAACGGCAUAUUGAUCCCAGAUGGACGCAGGACUGAACUUGCUAAAACCCAGGACCAACUUGGCCUGAUCAGGAUUCAAGACACGGACGACAAUCAGGUUUCUGAACAGUCGAGAAGUACGAACCUGUACCGGACAUUCAGAGCCUGUCUGAAAAAUCGUCUAUUCGAGAGCAAUUCUUCUGUGUUGCCAAUCGACCCAUUGAAGAUUGAGCAUGCUGGUACCGACGACCUAGAUUCUCGUUUCUCUGGUGCGGACGAAAGCAGGAGGGAUCAGGUCUGUAGGGAUUACCAGAUCGAAGAUGAUCAAUUUCAUGAGCACAUUGAGAAACAUCGAUUGGUUAAUUGGUACUCGAGUAUUCUAGAACAAGCAAAACAGGACUACGCUAGAGAAAUUGUGGGGGAGACGGAGGAUGGGAAGCAUAUGAACGAUGCGAAAUAUGAUUUGGAGGAACUCGAGGAGACCAUUGCACGCAACGAAAAGGGCAAAAGCGAUGGUGUAUUCCGGACAAAGCACCCGUAUAAACCAAAGGCGAGGGCUAGUGGGGGUGUGGGAGCCUUCCGAAGCUCUAUCAAACAAUAUUGA